GUUCCACCCUCAUACAGACUCUAUCAGUGUAUCACCAAUGCCGAGUAAACCCGCACCUAUGAAAAAGCCUCCAGCCAAAAAGGCUGCAGAGAAAGCACCUGAGCCUGCUCCGGAACCUGAACCCACCCCACCUGCUGAGGCUCCAGCCGAGCCAGCGCUUGCUGCAGCCGAGGGGGAAGCAGCCCCCGCUACCUCAGCUGAUGACAGCCCUGCAGCUGAGGGAGCUGCUCCAGCUGCUGCUCCCAUUGUUGAAGACAGUGCUAUGCUUCCUGCUGCAGACGCUGCAACAGAUGCUGCUCCAGCAGAAGCUGUUGCAGUUGAGGAACCCCCUAAAGCCCCCACACCCCCUCCUCCUGCAGUCCCCAGCAGCGCUCCCCUGGAUGUGGCUGUAGAUGACGUGAAUGACACCAGCCUCACCAUCAAGUGGAAAACACCAGAGAAUGUUGGUAGCUCCGGCUUGAGUGGAUACACUGUCGAGUACCGCAAGGAUGGAACAACAGACUGGAUUGUAGCUAAUGGGGAGCUGACCAUGGCUGACUGCUACUGUGUCAGAAACCUGGCAACCGGAGACCUGCUGCAUGUCCGCGUUGUGGCUGUAAACCCAGGUGGCCGCAGUGAACCUGGGCUGCUUCCAGAGCCGGUGCCUAUCCGGGAGAUUGGCGACAGACCCAAGAUCCGCUUGCCUCGUUUGCUCAGAUCCUGCUAUGUAGGGAAAGUUGGACAGCAGAUCAACCUGGUCCUCCCGUUUGUUGGGAAGCCCAAACCUGCAGUGUCAUGGCUGAAGGAUGGACAACCUUUGGACACCAAGAGGGUCAACAUCAGGAACAGCGACAGGGACAGCAUCAUGUUCAUCCGCAGUGCUCAGAGGGAGGACUCUGGCGUUUACGAGAUGACACUGAAAGUGGAAAGCUUUGAAGACAAAACAACCAUCACCCUUCAGAUUGUAGACCUCCCCGGUCCACCUGCUAGUGUUAAGCUAGUAGACGCAUGGGGCUUCAAUGCUGCCCUGGAAUGGACUCCUCCAAAGGACAACGGCAACUCAGACAUCACUGGAUACACGGUCCAAAAGGCCGACAAGAAGACCGGGGAAUGGUUCACGGUACUGGAGCACUACCAUAGACUAACAGCCACCGUCUCAGACCUCAUCAUGGGUAACUCAUACCUGUUCAGGGUGUUUUCCGAGAACCAAGUGGGGAGGAGUGAGAACGGUGCUGUUACCAAGACUGCAGCAACAAUCCAGAAAACAGGCAUUGUCUACAAACCUCCUGAGUACCAGGAACAUGACUUCAAUGAGGCACCAAAGUUUACCACGCCCCUCAUCAACCGAGCUGCCACUGUGGGAUACACUACCAAGCUGCUGUGCUCUGUUCGAGGAUGCCCCAGGCCCAAGAUCGAGUGGAUGAAAAACCAAAUGAUCAUUGGAAACGACCCCAAGUUUCGUCAGAUUUCCAAUCAGGGCAUCUGCUCCCUGGAGAUCCGCAAGCCCUGCAGCUUUGAUGGUGGCGUGUACACCUGCAGAGCCAAGAACGCCCAGGGAGAAGCCAUGGUCUCCUGCAAACUGGAGGUCAAACAGGUUCUUCUUUCAGAGACUGGAAAAUAAAAAGGGAAAUAAGAAAAAAAGUAAUUUCAAUGAGCAGCAGAUGCCUGGGUCUUAAGAGUGAAGUGAGUGAGUGAAGAUACUGCAGAUGGCUGUGCAGAAGCCCUUAGAUAACGAAGACGGAGACAGAACAACAUGCCAACAUUCGUAUAUUUAUAUGUACACUAAACAUCCGGACUGUCCCUCUUCUUAUAAAGUGCAAGACAGACAUACAUUACAGCAAUUCUUUCCAUCUCAUUUGGACAAACCUGUUUUUGACAGAAAUGUAUGCAAAACUUUAUGUAAAGCUUUUUAUCCAGCUCGUGUGUAGAUUUAACAAGCAAUAAAACAAAAACAGUUCAUCAGAUGCAAUAACUCAUGUUAAUAAAACAAAGUGUAUUUUAUUACAA